AUGACCGAAUCUCCCUUAAAAGAUGGACUCCUAUUAUUACUUCAAGCUGCGCAGAAGAUAGAUCGAGAAUCUUCUAAAAGUACUUGCCAUCACUCAGAGCGGUGGGAUGCGCGUACUGGGUCUUCCAGACACUUCUAUGCCGAUGGGCCCGCACAUUUCUCCUCGCCUUACUCAUCUUCUAUUCAUAGACGAAGCGCUCCCUCCACUAGAUGUACCCACAAUGAGCUUGAAAAAAGCCGACGCGCGCAUUUACGAACCUGUAUGGAUGCACUGAAGGAGCUCCUCGUGUUUGAUGAUGAAGCGCCUAGGAUAACCACCCUCACAGUUUUGCGGAAGGCCACCUCGACCAUUCAACAAUUGCAACAACGAAAUGAGUACCUUGAAGCUUGCGAGGAUGGUGAAAAACAGCGAUUUUCACAGCUUAUGAAGCGUCGCCAGGCUCUUCGAAAAAAGAUCGAAUCUAAGCGCAAUCGUACUCUAAAAAUCCAAAAUUGGCGUGAACGCAACAGGAACUACUCUGAGUGCUCGGUCUUAACGACAUCUUCCGAGGAUUCUGAGAUGAGUUACGGCUCGCGCCAUAUACCUUCAAAUAUGUACAGCAUUUUGCCUAUUUCACACCAUCAACAGCAGCAACAACUUUCUGCUAAUGAUAAUCACUGCUACGCCUCGCCUUAUGAAACCACUGCAGGUGUAGUAGCUGCAACCCCAAACUCAUCGGCGACAAUGGCAGCUGCAACAGUGUCUACAACGAUUUUGGACUCAGUAACUACGGUAACGGCACCAGCAACGGCCACUUCAGCGGCAGUGAUGACCUAUGCAGCUUCCCAGACGCAUCAUAACCUCUCGUACCAACAGAAAGUGGAGUCACACUCUCCACAGCCAUCAGGUGGAGCCCAUGGGAUGAGUCCAACGGACGCCUAUGACGCUAGCAGCUCAGACUCAGGUUUCGAGGAGGUAAUCACGGCGACAAACGCUGUCGAUGAACAGCAGACUCUGAAGAUGGUCCAGCCUGUUGUUUCCAACACCGAAGAAGUGGUCUACACCGCCUACCAAAGCAGUGACUGCUUCAAAGCUUACUGA